UUUUGCGCAUUUCCUGCACCGUCGUCCAGAGCGAGAGAGAGAGAGAGGGAGCUCUGUAGGGGGAGGCAGAGCAAAGAGGAGGUAGAUCCACAGCACACACAGGAAGUCAAAGCUCCAGCCGCAACAGGGGACACACAGAGACACCGAGGAGAGACGAUAGAUUAAAAUAUAAGAAGCCAGUAAGCCAUCGCAGCAGCGGGGUGUUGCUCCGUUUGGAUCCCGGGUCCCGUUCGUGCAGCUCGGCGAGACAUUCCAGAUGUCCCACGGCUGAGGAGGCGGCCGGAGCCUCCCACACAGCCUGCGACCAGACAUAACGGACUGGCUUUGAUUUCUCGGAGCUGUGGUGUCGGAUUGAGUGAGCCAGAGGAUCUCACGCUCUGCUGUCCAUUCAGCUGGAAGGAUUAUAUACAGUGAGCCUGCAGAGGACCGGCGGUCGGAACAGUCGUGCUAUUCAUACCUUGGCCUAGGAGAGCAGAGGACACGAUCCGCUCCAAGCGCACCAGUUGCAUCACACAUCCAUAUUCUCCUCCUCCUCCUUCUACUCCUUGCCGGUGGAUUGAAACAGGCGGAUUUUUUUUAUAUUGUUAACUAAACAACCGUGUUGUGUUGUUUCAUCUGAACUACCAUGGUGGUUUUUAAUGGGUUACUGAAGAUCAAGAUCCGGGAGGCGUUGGACCUCAAACCGACAGCUUGGUCCCUGCGACAUGCCGUUGGUCCAAAGACGCAGACGUUCAUGUUGGACACCUAUAUCGCUCUGAACGUGGACGACUCCAGAGUGGGCCAGACGUCCACCAAGCAGAAGACCAACAGCCCGGCGUGGAACGACGAGUUCAAGACCGAGGUCUGCGAGGGGAGGAAAAUAGAGCUGUCGGUUUUCCACGACGCGCCCAUUGGUUAUGACGACUUCGUGGCCAAUUGUACAAUACAAUUUGAAGACAUCCUGCACAAUGGGAGCAAACACUUCGAAGACUGGAUCGACUUGGAGCCAGAGGGGAAGGUGUAUGUGGUCAUUGACCUCUCCGGUUCCUCCAGCGAAGCGGCGGCAGUCACCAGUGAGAAUGAGGAGCGUGUGUUCCGGGAGCGCAUGCGGCCCAGGAAAAGACAGGGGGCCGUGCGGCGGCGGGUCCACCAGGUCAACGGACACAAGUUCAUGGCCACCUACCUCCGCCAGCCCACCUACUGCUCCCACUGCAGGGACUUCAUCUGGGGAGUCAUCGGAAAGCAGGGCUACCAGUGUCAAGUGUGCACGUGCGUGGUCCAUAAGCGCUGCCAUGAGCUGAUCAUCACCAAGUGCGCUGGGAUGAAGAAACAGGAGGUCACUGAGGAGGAGCCCGUCGGUUCCCAGAGGUUCAGUGUGAACAUGCCCCACAAGUUCAGCAUCCACAACUUCAAGGUGCUCACCUUCUGCGAUCACUGUGGCUCUCUGCUCUGGGGUCUGCUGCGACAGGGCCUCCAGUGUAAAGUAUGUAAAGUGAACGUACACAGGCGCUGUGAGAGCAACGUUGCGCCCAACUGCGGCGUGGACGCCAGGGGCAUCGCCAAAGUGCUCUCUGACCUUGGGGUGACCCCAGACAAGAUCUCCAGUAGUGCCGCUCGACGGAAAAAGCUUCAUCAAGGACAGGACUCCCAGCAGCCACUGCCCAUCAGCCCACAGACAGUAGAGGACCGCUCCCGGUCCGCCCCCACGUCUCCAUGUGACCCGGCAGACCUGAAGGAGUUGGAGAACAUCCGGAAAGCCUUAUCCCUUGACCACCGCGGCCCAGAACACAAGAAGCAUCCAGUCGCUCUCACUUCCUCCGUUCCCACGGCAACGAGCGACCAUGGGGGAGGAGGAGGCGGAGUUGGCUGCGGCGAGACUGGGGGCGAAGGCAAGGAGAACGGAGAGGUUAAAGGUCACGACGCCCCAGAGAUCAAGAGGAUGGCCCUUAAGGAUUUUCGGUUUAUCAAAGUCCUGGGAAAGGGUAGCUUUGGAAAGGUGAUGCUGGCGGAGCAGAAGGGGAGUGACGAGGUGUUCGCGGUGAAAGUUCUGAAGAAGGACGUGAUCCUGCAGGACGACGAUGUGGACUGCACCCUGACCGAGAAACGCAUCCUGGCCCUGGCCCGCAAACACCCCUACCUCACCCAGCUGUACUGCUGCUUCCAGACCAGGGACAGGUUGUUCUUUGUGAUGGAGUACGUGAACGGAGGCGACCUGAUGUUCCAGAUCCAGAGGUCCAGGAAGUUCGACGAGGCCCGCUCCCGCUUCUACGCCGCCGAGGUCACGUCGGCCCUGAUGUUCCUCCACCGCCACGGGGUCAUCUAUAGAGACCUGAAGCUGGACAACAUCCUGCUCGACGCAGAGGGCCACUGUAAGCUGGCCGACUUCGGCAUGUGCAAGGAGGGUAUCCUGGAUGGGGUCACCACCGCCACCUUCUGCGGCACACCAGACUACAUUGCACCCGAGAUCCUCCAGGAGCUGGACUACGGCCCCUCAGUGGACUGGUGGGCCCUUGGGGUCCUGAUGUACGAGAUGAUGGCGGGCCAGCCCCCCUUUGAGGCGGACAAUGAGGACGACCUGUUUGAGUCCAUCCUCCACGACGACGUGCUGUACCCCGUGUGGCUGGGCAAGGAGGCCGUGUCCAUCCUCAAGGCGUUCAUGACCAAGAGUCCCACCAAGCGGCUGGGCUGCGUGCUGGCUCACGGGCUGGAGGACGCCAUCAAACUGCACCCCUUCUUCAAAGAGAUAGACUGGACCCUGCUGGAGCAGAGAAAAGUCAGGCCCCCCUUUAAACCACGUAUCAAAACCAAAAGGGACGUGAACAACUUUGACCAGGACUUCACGCGAGAGGACCCGGUUCUGACGCCCGUGGAAGACGCCAUCAUCAAGCAGAUCAACCAAGACGAGUUUAAGGGCUUCUCCUACUUCGGAGAGGAAGCUCUGGCAUAGACGCUUGCCUGCCACACACAGACACAUGCUCACACACAUGCAUCAAGACUCACACACAGACACAGCCGCACAAACACACAUAAACACAUGCACCCUAACACUCACACACAAACCCAUGCAAACGCACACACACACACACACACACACACACACACACCUAUUUGCACACAGACAUGCAAACACGAACAAACAAACACAAUAAAUCCCACUUACGCACACACAUGCAGUGUCCCUGAAACAGUGCUGAAGGAAGCAACACAGACCUCUGGAAUGAGACGUCUUUCAAUCCAGGAAUCAAGACUAUCAAGACAGGAAUCAAGACAGAGACUAGUCAGGUCUCCGUGAGGCCUGACUAGUCUCUGUAUAGCCCAAGCAGCCCCCCCCCUCCUCUUCCUCCUCCUCCUUCUCAUAUGUGGUGAGAAUAUCUCAUCAUCUUUAUCCAUUCAUUUUUUGAGACAUCAUGAGGGAGAGAGAGAGAGAGAGAGACACACAUACACAGAGAGAGAGAGAGAGAGAGAGAGAGAGAGAGAGAGAGAGAGAGAGAGAGAGAGAGAGAGAGAGAGAGAGAGAGAGAGAGAGAGAGAGAGAGAGAGAGAGAGAGAGAGAGAGAGAGAGAGAGAGAGAGAGAGAGAGAGAGAGAGAGAGAGAGAGACAGAGAGAGAGCAGGUCAAAUGCUGUAGGACAAGCCCCCCUCCCGCUGUCAUGGCUUAGGAUCCAGUGAGAGUAGCAAAUCAAAUGAAGGGUGGUUUGUGUGUGUGUGUGUGUGUGUGUGUGUGUGUGUGUGUGUGUGUGUGUGUGUGUGUGUGUGUGUGUGUGUGUGUUUACAUUCUUAGCAUGCUACCUUAGGGGGUACGAGGCCCCGUCGAAAGAGUGAAAUGUUUUUUUUAAACAACAUUUCUGUAUAUGUGCUGAAUCCUGUAAACUGUCUAUAACCUUGAUGUGUUUUGAGAAUGUUUUCUUCCUUGAACCGUAUAUAUGUGAAUGCAGACACUUUCAUGGAACCAAUGAUUGUAUUAAACCAAAAAAUGAGGUAUUGGAAACAAAUUAAUUCAUGCAGUAUUGAUGUGUAAUAGGAAUAUCAGUGAAGUGACCAGAAUGUUAUAAUACCAGGUUAUGAAUGAAGAGAGGGCUGAAUUUUCUAGAAUUUCUAGACUCUAGACUGCAAAAACGACUGCAGCAUGCAGUCGUUUUUGCAGACAUCCUAAACCUGUGUGACAUCAUGGAAAAAAACAUCUGGAAUUUGUCGUGCACCUACUUUUCAUAUUGCUUUGUGUGUAUUGUUAUCCUUUGUCGAAACAUAACGGUACUUCAUGAUGCCAUCCUGCAAAAAACAAAAACAAAAAAAACAGACCAACCCAUCUCCCGACCAGGGGGCUUUGCCUGAACAACGCGCAGAACACUAACAGGCCAUCGCUAGCGGGAACAGCAGAUCCAGAAGCCUUCGUUGUGAUUGUAUGACACACAGUGACAAAGAAGAACACAUGCCGACCACUUAGAUUACCUUGAUAUUAUUAAGUCACGCAGGACCUUUGCAGACAGCUCUCUGCAGUCUAGGUGCGUGUGUGCGAUUUCAAAUGAAUUUCCUGUGUUUGAAUUGAGAUGAAUAUGUUAGCUUGUGUCAACGCAAGUGUUUAUCUGAAUGUAUCUAUUUUAGUGUGUAUGUGUGUGUAUGUGUUCAUAUAGCUUAGAGACAGUGGGAUUGCCCAUCUGAAGAUAAUUGUUUGAUGCUUUCCUUUAUUUAAAAAAGAUGAGUGGAUACUCUCUGCACAUGCACGGUAGAUCCUCGAUUUACUGGCAGAGCGACCAAACUCACGAAGACACGGGGCUAAAAGUAUGUUUUGUGCGUGUGUUUUUUUCUGGCGUUGUCUAUACCUUGUACAUAAGAUACAAUGAGCUAGCAGAGCCCUUUGGAGAACACACCCGCGGGGGUUACCUCGCCUUGCAUGCUCAAGCAUAGGAUAUAUUAUUGUAUUGAAUUGAAUCUACAGAGAACAUUGAAUUCCAUGUGCAAUAUUUAGUUUGUUAAAGGCCCCCUUUUUUACCACUGGGUCGGAUGUUGAUCAGUCAUUCUGAUCACUGGUGGUAAAAUAGGUGACCUUAAAAAAAGGUGUCUGUCUUUUCUUUUUUAUCUGUCAUUAUUGAUCUUCAUCCUACAUAUUUUUCUUCUGCUCGUAGUGCUUCCUUUAAAUCAACUUCAAUGCACAAACACAUACUCACACACACACUGACACACACCCGCCAGUACCGCGUCUGGCUGCAUUGCGGUUCUAGCCCAGAACUACUGCUGACGUGUGACACUGGGAAAUGCAAAGAUAAAGAGGAGAGUGCUUCCCUCUAUCAAUAAUGCAAAUCUGUAACAAAAAUUGUAACUGAUGAAUUAAGAUUAUGAUUUGAUUCCUGCUUUCAGAACAGCAGAACUCUCUGAGCUUGUUUUCCAGUGGAAAACCCAGAGGGUGGGGGGGAACAAAACCAAACCUAAAGAGACAUGUGUUUGUGAGCGCCUGCUCUGCAUAUGUAUCUCAGCACCAGGUGAGUUACCACGCAACGGGGUGUACCGAUACUGCAUGACUGCAGGAGCGGGCAGAUUGGUAGCACUGUCUUCUAAUGACAAACAGCAGUUGUAGAACACCUAGAGGUAGCGACACCCGUAGCAAAAAUGUCUUGUUCUUUUCACAAAGCCAACCCAAUGCUGAGGCCUAUUGUGUGUACAUUCGGCCACUCUGGGAAAUGAGGGUGACGUUAAAGGGGUACGGGGUAUCCCGCUAGAAAUGUUUCGAGAGAUACCAGAUUUUAAGCUGUUGUGAAGGCACUGUUUCCCAUAUUAUUUUGGCCACAUACAGCUUCAUCAGAAUUUCCUUUUGCGUUUCACUAAGAUAUGCUCAUUCCUCUUUGUUGUCUUUUGAAUCCUUUGUCUUGUCUGUUCAGACAUCUUCUUUAGUUUGUAUCUGGAUCAUCAGAAACUACUUUAACAGUGACGCGGAUGGCACAAUUCUCAUAGAUGGUUCAAUGCUAAAUACCAAAUACUAAUGUCAUUCUCAUCAAAGUCCCUUUACAUUGACUCAUGACACAAUCUCCAUGAUGUUGAAAAAAAAGCCAAUUAUGGUGAAAUGAAAUUAACCAUCUGCAUACAAUACGUAUGUGUUCACCCCUCAUUGUGCUAAUUCAUUAUUUAGCUUCUAGUUCUUUUAAAGUCCUUCCUUUGUGAAGUUUCAUGUGUACAUUUAGUCACAGGUGUGAUAUUUCUUUGCCUCGGGAGACCAUCAAGAUAUUACAUUUUGUGAUUUACACCUGGAGAAAGAGAACUUGGGAUAUCAGGAUGGUCCCACAAGGCCAUACUUCAUGACCUUGGUUCCAGCCCCUCCAUUGUGUUGAAUUUUUGGUUAUUUUUUAUUUUUUUAUUUUUGCUGGGUUCCAUAUGUACUGUAUUCUAUAAGGAUUUAAAGGUGUAGUGAAUUUAUUUUGGAAACCUAUUAAAAAUGAUGAUGAUGUUCAAAACCAAA